GCGCGCGGAGUUGAAUUCGUUAUUUGUAGCGCACUAUCUAUAAUACUUACAAAAACAGAGAUUUUAAAGAUUAUUCAAGUUUUAAAUCCGUUUAUAAACACGUUCCCCUAGUAGUUACAGAUCAACAACAUUUCUACGGUACUCUGGUCUCUCUUCUGUGCCGUUGUCAAGUGGCAGGUGGUCUGUGCAUGGAUGGAGGAUGAGCAGCCCUUCACUGAGCAGUGAGACCCCUAGAUCUGCUCACCUGUUUGAUGAUUUAUGGAGGCAGCUGAGAGAGACCCACCAUGAAGCACUGCAAGAAUUGGAGGCAAAAGUGAGCAAGUUAAAAAAGGAGCGUUGCUUAGAUGCUCAGAAGCUUGAGGUGUUUUACAACCGCAACCAGCAGUUAAAGGAGCAAAAUAAAAGCCUACAGGACACUGUCAGUCUCCUGGAGGAAAGGCUGCAUUCAGGAGAAUGUGAUCGAUGUGCUGCCUUUAAGGAGAAUUUGAAAAACAACCAGGAGGAGAAUCUGUGCCUCAUUGAAAAACUGAAGCAUGAAAGAAACUUGCUGGAGGAGAAAAACAAAAAGCUACAAGCUGAAGUGGAGAAGUUAAAAACGUAUCUCUCAGAGCAGCGGCAGACCUCUCCAGAUCAAGAAGAGGGAAUCAUUCCUGACUCUCCCAUCCUGCCAAACUCACUGCCAGCUGCCAACAAACUGAGGAAACGCAGAAAAGUGGACAAAAUGAAACACGUCCGUUACGCAGAGACACCUUUACUACAGUCUAACAGCUUACUAUUCAAUGAACCGAAUAAGGAGCCCGGAAGAGCAGAAGUGCUCGUACCAAACACGUGCGAACUGGACACAUCACAGACCUCAAAUUAUGUAAAUCCAAAUAUGGAAAUAGAGAUUGCAGAAACAUGUGGCCUUGAGCUUCUAGAAAAACCUUGUAUGCAGAGCAGCUCCAAAUCACUGCGGAAGUUUGACGUCCAUUUAAAACCCACAAUGAUCCACAGUCCAGACCCGACCACAGAGAGAUCCCCAUCGCUGCUCCCACGAGUCAAACGCCUUUCAGAGAACGACUCGGUUAACAAGGCAAAGAGGAAGAAGGAGGACAGUGAGCAUGAGGACAGACAAGGCGAAAACCCUCAACAAGACCUGAUCAAACAAACAAAUUCAUCUUUAAGCAAUCAUAGGGAGUCAAUGAGUGGAAAGGUGCAGUCUAAACCUAAUGGGACUUUGAGCCAAAAACAAAAUGUUUCUAGCAUCAGUCCUGAUUUUAAGAGGCCACAAGCUUGCGCCAGUGCUAGUAAGAAAGGAAACACUCACCUGCCCCUGAACAACUCACAGGACCACAGUGGAGGAGAUGAUGCAGAAAAGAAGCCCAAAGUGGAUUCGAUGUGGAGCAUCGAUCCGGCACUUGCUCUGUCCAUGUACGACAGCGAGCAGAUGGAGGAAGAGGAGGAGUGUCCUGGUGAGCUGGUGGACACAGACUGUACCUGGGUCAGUCACAGUGUGCUGCAGCAGCGGGACAAACCUGACUGUGUGCCUGGACUUGGUGAGAAGGCGAACGACAGUCUGGACAUGCUGUUUGACACCACAGCUUAUGGCGAGUACAAAUCCUACAAUGGUUCACAUUUAGGCCAGAGCCAGCCCUGUGAUGAUGAUGAUGAAGAUGAGGAGGAAGGAGGAGGGGAUGAGAAUGAAGAUGAUAAUGAGAGAGAUCCUGAUGAGACCACGCUGAGUCAGAUUAAAGGAAACAAAGCAAGUCGCCCAGCGUUUGCUCAUGUUGCUGUGAUCCGUAAGAAGGACGAGAGGAGGAAGCUGAAGGGCGCCACUUGUAAAGAAUGUGAAGUUUACUACGCUCAUCUCCCAGAGGAGGAGAAACAGAAGAAGCUGUCAUCGUGUUCCAGGCACAGAUUUCUCUAUAUUCCUCCGUGUACUCCUGAAAACUUCUGGGAAGUUGGAUUUCCAUCGACUCAAACGUGCAUUGAAAGAGGUUACAUCAGGGAGGAGAAAAAUCCUGAGGCUCGCACUCGGAGACGACAGCCGCUCAACGCUUUAUUCUCCCCGAAGAGAAAACAACAGGAGAGCAACAGCAGUUUUUCUCGAUAGGACUCAUUUAAUCAACACAGUAAAUGACACUUUAUGGGUACUAUGAUGCGAUCUGUCACACGCUGGCCUCUACAAGAAAGUUGGACUGUUAGCAUAUUUUAAGUGUGUGAUUUCAGUGUGAUCUUUAUGUACAGAAUGUUUAAAUGCUUGGUGUCUUAUCCAGUUUUAGAGAAAGUGUAUGUGAAAUAUUUGUAGAAUAAAAAUGACGCGAGAUAACUGUCA